AUGGCAAGCAGCGGGAAGAAAUAUAAAGUGCUUUCUCCAUCAGACGUGGAACAUUUCCUUACCCAUGGGUUCGUCCGAAUUGAAGGGUGCUUCACCAACGAGGACGCAGAGAAAUGGACUGAAGAUGUCUGGCUCCGGCUAGGGAUGUCACCUACCGACAAGACAACAUGGUCCCGCGAAAGAACCAACAUGCCUAGUCAUCAGGCUCUAAAAGUCAGUGACUUUGCACCAAAAGCUUGGGAUGCCAUUUGCGAUGUGGUAGGUGGAGAGGAUAAGGUGACUGAGAAAAGUAAGAUGUGGAAGGACUCAUUUAUCGUAAAUCUUGGGACAGCGGAAAACGAAGGCAAACAGUUUGAUCCUCGGGAUCUAGAUCAAUGGCACGUCGAUGGUGAUUUCUUCAUCCAUUUCCUCGAUUCGCCAGAGCAAGGUUUACUAGUCAUCCCGUUGUUCACAGACAUUCUGCCGAACGGCGGUGGCACCUGGAUUUGUUCUGAAGGAGGAUCGAGAAUCGGUAAAUGGUUGUAUGACCACCCAGACGGAGUCGAUCCACGUAUGAACCCCGUUGGUAUCCCUGAGUCAGAAAAAUACGAACACCUCGCAUUCUUCAAUCAGACGGUCCAAAAGUGCGCCCCGGAAUCAUUUCACGAGAUGACUGGAAAGGUGGGCGACGUUAUUCUGCUGCAUCCGUUGAUGCUGCAUUCGGCAUCGAAGAAUGGACUGCGAAAUAUCCGUAUAAUCACCAAUCCACCCGUGUCGCUCCUCGAGCCAUUCAAGUUUGACCGCGGUUCAAACGAGGAUGAUUACAGCCUUGUCGAGUUGAAGACGAUCAAAGAUCUCGGAGGCAUGGACAAAUUAAAAGGAUGGAAAAUCACCGGAGAGAGGAAAGAGGUUAUUCCUCCCAGAGUUCAAAUACAGGCCAAGAUGAUGGAGGAAGAGAAUAGGAGAUUAAGGGAAAGCGGGCGUCAAUAUCUCGACAGGGCAAAGGCAGAAGGAGAGGCGGUCAGAUCGCACCCGGUCGCCGCUGCUUGA